CCAGCUUUCACUUAUUUGCUUCUUUUUUAUUUUUAACUGGCAACCUGAUAUCACCCAACCGAAAAUACCAAUUACUACUUUUUUCAAAUAAAUGUUUAAAAUUCGAUGAACAAUAAUCAAGGGCAUUUCAUUGAUAACACCGCACAACCAGAUUACAACUGGAGCCAAGAAGCCCAAAGAGAGAAUAAUCGCACGCAACAGUAUCCAACACAAACAUUGCAGCAACUCUUGAAAAAAGCAAAAGUAGGUACAGCAGCUACAACAACUAGACGAAUAACGCCAACAGCAACAGAGACGAAUGGUGGUAUGAAGACAUUCGGCACCAACGGAUCACCAAAUACCAACACUACUGAAUCGCCUGUGCAGUUUGCGCUUCCUGCAAACUUGGCGUUGCCAGCCCGACCAGCAACGGCGACGCCAACUGCUGCUAAUACCACUGAAGCGCCAACCACAAUGGAAGCCACAGCCGCAACUGUUUCGCCGCCAACAGCACCACAAUCUCCACAGUCUGCUCGAUUGUCAUCAGUAGCAGUAAAAGCCUCGCCUUCACAACCACGCAAUGUACCGACCACUGCUCCAUUCUUGACUUCACCUUUCAACACAUCGCGUUACAUGGCAACAACUGCAUCGCCAACCCAAAGUCCAGUGUCGAAUGCAGCUACUGUCGUGAACAGCUCGGCUACCUCAGCUGCAGCGUUUGCCGCAGUAGUAGCAAGUCAGGGCAACACGACUCCUGGUGCUGUUGUUGUACCUUCAGCAGCUACGUCGCCUGUGACUCCUACUGCUCAGAACCCUACACUUGCUCAAGAUGUGAUCCAAAAACAACAGCGAGAACUGCUAAGAAUGUUGAAUAAAUAUCGAACACAACAACAAACGCAACUUAGCCAACAGCGAUUCAUACAACAUCAGCGCCAGCUACAGCAGCAGCAGCUACAGCAGCAACUGCAGCAACAGCGAAACACACAUUCUUUUUCUACAUCGCCACAACAUAAGAAUCAACAGUACCAGCAGCAGAGGAACGUGGAAAGCAGUGCGAUCGCGCAGCGAAAUAACAUUCGUUUGGCUCAACUUCAACUAGAAAUUUCUUCUGCAACCAUGUUUGGACCUGCUUGUGACGAGUUCUUGGAAUGGUUAGAGGAUGCUCGUGCAUAUAAUCCCGGUAACGAAGUUGCGAUAAUGGCCUGUGCUGCUGCUGUACGACAAAAUUUCGAAAUGGGUCGAUGGUCCAGUUUACGUAUCUUUGAUACUAUCCAUAAAUAUGUCAAGUACCUGAGCGAUCCGUCUCGAGGUAAGUUAUAUCUGUACUCAAAAUAAACACUGACAUUGAUCGUCAUACCAGAACCCUCCGACUAAACGUUUGCUAUAGUCACAAUUGAAAAAUGGAGAGAUGAAAUUCGUACGGUAACAUUGGGCGAAUCAGGCUCUCCUGCCACUACAACUGUUAAUGCUGCGACUACUACAUCAUCCUCUCGAUCGCAAACAUCAUCACCUGUGGUGACUCCGUUUAACAGUAUACCGAUACGUCAUCAACAGUCAGAAUCACCUGUUCUAGCCCAAUCCCCACAGAAUCGACGAUUAUUGCCAGCCAACGCACCUAUGCAGCCGGCUCAUGCGCAAGCACAAAUACCCACUUCUGUUGGACCGGUAGUCCCAUCCAUGCCAUUACCACAACAAUAUCAAAAGAAGCAGCAGCAAUAUAUGUUCCAAAUGGCACACCAACCGACUCCUCAAACACCGCAAGUAGCACCUCCAACACCACCACAACAGCAGCAGCAACAACAACA